AGUCCUCGUCCGACCGCCAACCUAUGCUCACGCGUGAGUGUGCCUCGCGGAAUCGUGUGUGGGUUAAUCCCUGUGUGAUUGAGAACUACCAGUGGAACAGUCACGAGAACUUCUGUGUGCAUCAUCCUCCUUAUGAGAGGAACCCAAGCUAUAUACAUGGCUCCAGUGUGAGAGCCUAGCUCUGGGAGGCAGUUGAAAGCCAUUUCAAUAUAUUUUGUGUUUGAGAAGAAAAAAUCGCCGAGAACACAAAUUGAUAAAGUAGAAAAAUUCACGAACGGAAAAUUGUGUUAAUUGCUAUUCGAAUUUAUAACUUGGACCACCCCGUGUGAAGUUUAUUUCCACGUGAAGUCCGUGCGAAGGUGUGUACUCAUUCUUCCAAUUUUUUUUUUGCGGGGCAAGUUCCUUGUGUUCUUCUUCCACUUUUCGGGGGGAGAGAACUAUACCAUGUCCGAAAAACAAGAGUAAUAGGGAAGUGAAGAACAUAAUACAAUUUUCUCUCGUCUGUGGAAAGUGAAGUUGCUUUUUGCGGGAAAAUUUAUGUCAAAGACUGCCCACUUAAUUUCCACCAUCUACCCCAUAUAUAGUGUUUGUGAGCUAUAUAGCAGCGGAGAGUUUGGUCUCUCCACAUUUUCCUCUUCACAUAUUAUUAACGACCGCUCUCGAUAUGGCAAAAUUGAUUGAAUUAUAAGCGAUGUGGUGAAACCGCUGCACCCAAUCGCGGGGGUUGUAAAUUGAAGUGAGUGAAAAUCUAUUUAAUGUGGCCAAACUGAUAAUAAUAAUUAGCCCGUGAGAGAGGUAUAUAUGCUGUAAAAUAUCGCAAACACUAUAGUGAAAUAAAAUAGUAACAAUAAUUUCAAUACUGUGCUUCGGCAAAAAUUCAAUUAAACGCAAAUUUAUCACGUAGUUUCGGGAAUUAUUGCAAUAAAAAGGCAUUUUAUAUGAGUUGGUGGUACCACAAUCGUCAAAAACGGACCCACAGUGGGUGACUGGAGUGUGGGAGAGUGAUUUUUUUUGGCGUGUGGUACAUGUGCUGCCAUAUCGUAUAAUAAAAUAAUAUAAAAAUAUAAUUCAUCAUACAUAAAAAAAACUACCGAAGCAAAUUCAACUGAUAAAUCAAAAUCACAAUCUAUCACGACACAUUGUAAUUAAAAAUGAAAAUCAGCUUUUCACGGAUUGCGCGCUUUGUCCUCUGCCAAAUUGCCGUGCUGGGUGUCUACGUGGAGGAGGCCCAUGGGAAGCAUCCCCUGGAGAAGGAGCGACACGGGCCAGAGGCCGAAUCACACACCAAAGUUCGAACGUUGGAUAUCGAAGCCGUGGAAGGCCGAACUGUAUCCCUGCCCUGCCCGCUAUCGGCCCCAUUAGACGACGUUAAUAUGGUGUUAUGGUUCCGAGACAAUGCCGGCAUCCCAUUAUACAGUUUCGAUUAUCGCAGUAAAUCACUGUCACACGUGAGACACUGGUCAGCACCUGAAGUCUUUGGGUCUCGUGCAAUGUUUAAUGUGAAAUCAUCGCCAGCAUCGUUGGACAUUAAGGAUAUCAAACGACACGAUCAGGGUGUGUAUAGAUGCCGUAUUGAUUUUCGAACGAGCCAAACUCAGAGCUUUCGACAUAAUUUAUCAGUCAUAAUCCUGCCGGAGCAUCCUAUUGUCCUGGAUCGCUGGGGACGUCAAUUGAAUGGUACCAUCCUGGGGCCAAAACAGGAGGGGGAUGAUAUUAUGAUAUCGUGCCGUGUAGUCGGGGGUCGACCACAACCUGAAGUUCGAUGGCUCGUAAAUGGACUUUUGGUUGAUGAUCAAUAUGAACAAAAUUCAGGAGAUGUCAUUGAAAAUCGACUGAUGUGGCCGGCUAUUCAAAGGACGGACCUCAAUUCAGUUUUUACGUGUCAAGCUACCAAUACGCUAUUGGCAGAACCCAAAGAGAGUAGCUAUGUACUUGACAUUUAUCUUAAACCAUUGGAGGUGAAGAUAAAAGAGCCACCGGGUCCUCUGGUAGCUGAUCGGAGAUACGAAAUAACUUGCCAAAGCUCAGGUUCGCGCCCCAAUGCAAUUAUCACGUGGUACAAGGGAAAGCGGCAAUUGCGAAGGACACGGGAUGACGUUUUGAAUAAUACCACCCUUUCGGAAUUAAGUUUCGUGCCAUCAACGGAGGACGAUGGAAAAUCCAUAACGUGCCGAGCGGAAAAUCCCAAUGUAAACGGAUUGUUUCUCGAAACCUCACUCAAAUUGAAUGUUGUUUAUCCGCCGAUGGUGAAUCUUCGAUUGGGUUCAACACUGUCAGCAGAUGACAUCAAGGAGGGUGACGACGUUUACUUCGAGUGUCACGUUCAGGCCAAUCCACCGUGGAGGAAAUUACUGUGGUUACACGAUGGUGUUUAUUUGGCUCAUAACACAACUGCCCGCGUGAUACGGUCAAAUCAGAGUCUCGUCCUACAGAAAGUGACGAGAUUCUCGGCCGGAAACUACGCCUGCAGUGCAAUCAACCAAGAGGGUGAGACAGUGAGCAACCAACUACCCCUCAGGGUGAAAUAUACACCAAUUUGUGCGACAGAGAAAAUUGUCGUUGUUGGUGCCGGUAAAGAUGAGAAUGUGGAGAUUGUUUGUGAUAUUCAUGCCGAUCCACCAGCCAGGACAUUUCGGUGGAAAUUCAAUAACUCAGGUGAAACCCUAGAUGUAGGAUCUGGACGGUAUACCAGUCAAAAUGGAACGCGAAGUAUACUUCACUAUACCCCUGUUACGGAUCAGGAUUUUGGAACGUUGUCCUGCUGGGGAAUCAGCGAAAUCGGUUCACAGGCUCAUCCAUGCAUGUUCCAAGUUGUUUUAGCAGGAUUCCCAUCUGCAGUGAGCAACUGUACGCUGUACAAUCAGACGCAAGUGUCUACGGAGAUACAGUGCAUUGCCGGAUAUGACGGCGGUUUGCCGCAAGUGUUUGUACUCGAGUUGUAUUCACAGAGAACGGGUCGCACGAGAUUAAACUUCACAAACUCAGAGGAGCCCUACUUCAUUCUGGAUUCACUGGAAACACUGUCGUCGCUGAUGACGGCGGAGAACGAGACACUGGCAGCCAGGGUAUUUGCCGUCAAUCAGAAAGGUCGAAGUCAAGGUGCUGCCGUGCCCAAACUACAAAUCGGCAAUCGUGUGAAACAGACAGAACACCAAAAUCCCCUUCAGAUGUCACCAGUUUUAAUUGGUGCCGUGAUAACUGUGAUCGUCAUCUGUGUGGCAAUUAUCCUGCGGAUAUGCUAUGUGGUUUGUGUGCGGAGCCGACGUACCCCCAAGACAUCUCAGCCCCCAUCGUCGGGGGCCAACUUUGUAUUUAGUGGAGGUGGCGGAGGCGCAAAAUUGGAGAAAGGCGGUGGUAGCCAAAAACCACGAUGGCAGCAUACAGAUGUUAAAUCAAAAGCAUCCUCUACGAUGGAUACGUCUGCCGGCACCAUCAUGAGUGAGGAUGAAAAGGACCCAGAUGUGAUACCACAGUACGUGGCAGAUCACCCACACAACCAGUACCAUCAUCACCAGCAGACGUUUGAGCAACCGACGCAGGGAUGGACCCAGCAGAGUGUGAAUGUCCUGAAAAGUGAAACCCUGAUGAAUGGCGACUGUCGCGCGGCGCAGGUGCCAUCGGGAGCAACAGGAGAUUUAGACAUCAACAUUACCGCCAUCCGGGAUCGUCUUAUGACGACGCGAGUUCCGGAGAGUUGUGUCUGAGGCAUCAUUUCCGCUGCACUGUACAUAUCGCACGCCGCUGGUCGUAAUUUUAGGAAAACGAAACUGACAGACUCCAUUUGUACGUGUAUAUUAUGGGCAGGAAUUAAUGAAAUUAUCUGUCGAGUUUAGUGUGUAAAUAAAUAAAAGGAAAAUCCAGGA